CUAUAUGCUAUCGUCAAUUGAUUUGAGAUUAAAUUUCAAUUUUUUUGACUGUAUUGACUGUACUCUGUAGGCUGUAGAGUGUAGACUGUAGUAUGUUCUCUAUACUAUAGUUAUUAGUUUGUUAAAUCGUAUCUUGUUUCCGUAAGCCGCGUGGCUGGCGCCUGGUGGCGGCCACAGCUGCCGGGCUCCACCGGCUGCCUUGGCUUCCUGAAGUUAUAUUUUUACUAAUUAGUAAAUUUCAUUAUUCAUCCAUAUUUCCAUAUUGGUUACAUACCUAUUGAAAAAAUGUUUUGCGUCUAAGGUAACGGACGCCGACACGCCCGACAGGAAAAUCGCUGGGCAAGAGCAUGAGAUUAAUGUCGACCUUGCUUCUGAACAUUCUUGGUGCGUUCCUAAGAUUAGAUUCGUUAACCAUUUUGAUUCAAAUACUUAUUAUUUGGGACUAAUAAUGAACCUAGUUGUUUAAUGGUGUAUGGAAUCAUAUAUUUAUGAUGAAAAUAUAAUAUACCAUUUUGUGUUGAACAUUAACAAUAAAGAUUUCUGUGUUACAAGAAUUGUAAUAAAAGACACGUAUAACAUCUUCUCAGUUAAACAAAGUAACCAUAAGCGGAUAAGAGGUAGUACAAGCGACAUCACGAGACUUCGAGAACUAACGCUUUCAAACUAAGAAAUUUGGCUGUUUCGAGUAAGAGGUAAAAAGUAUUGGUUUUACAACAAUUUUGGUUUUGUCUAAACCACGAUAACUACUGAGCGGAUUUCAUCAUUUAGUCUUGGAUCGUAUACCGAAGGUCGAAGGAUGUCCAAUACUUGAUAAACUCACUCUUCAAAAUCAUGAAAAAUAUCCAAUAUUAAUCUAAAAGCUAUUAAAACUUCAAAUAUUUUAAUUUUAAUUUAUGUAUUACAUAUUAAACGCUACAAAGUGUAAAAGCUCUUAAAUACGUGGGUAUAUUAAACGGUAGAAAAGCAUACGUACGUGUCGCCUUCGUCUUAUCUAAACAAACAGAAGUCUUUCUGUUCUAUUUUGAUCUUUAAUCAUAUGGAGAACGUUUACGGUAGCCCAGUUUUUAUGAUCUGUCGAUUGUCGACUCUCUCGAAAUAUCAACCCCAGGAGGUAAGCGGUAGCCUAUCUUUUAAGUAUAAGCUGGCGUCUGGUAGUGACACGUUCGAGUGCUCGAUCUAGCCGUUGUUUGGCGAUUAUUGUUGCGGUCUUGUACGCCACGAGCGUAUAUAAUAUAUAGGAUUCGAGUUGGCGAACCUUCUUUGAGUUCUUUGUAACAAGACAAAUGUCAGCUGGUCGUUCCUCGCCAGUUUUCUCGGAUUAUCAGUACAUUUGUUAUGCUGUGUAAACAAUAACAAGUCUUUACGAUGAAUGCGUAACGCCAAGGUAUGACAGAAAGUGUAUUUGUGUACAUACUCGGGGACCGCGCAUCCGUAACGUUGUCAGAUAUAUAUCAUGUUAUUAUAUUAUACAGAAUGUCUACUACUGACCGACUCAUCACAAUUAUCUAUUAGAUGACACCAUACAUGUAAUUGACUGCCGGAUGCGUUAUGCAACUCUACAUGCACUGCUGCCGUACCACCGAUGUACCUAAUUACAGUUAGCAGCCCAGCAUGACAAUUAUCGUUAUAUUAUUACCAUCGUAAGUCAUACAGCGUUAAUGGAGUUAUAUUAGACGGAAUGCGCGGCAACAAUAUACUUUACUAUGAGUUAGUAAAAAAACGCCUUAUGUGACUUCAAAGUGAAAGCCCGAGGGGAGAGGAUAGCAAAAGUGUUGUACCUUAAUGUAUAUAUAAGAACUGCGUUUUUUUACGGUAGUCUAAACGGUGUACUACCUCAUCACAGACAUGAUGUUGUUAUUGUUGUUGUGCGGUUGCCUGUCGGCUGCUAUAGCCGGCCAACAGUCCAAACGUAGUGGCGAUGACUCGGACUUCGGGUUUGGCGCCAGUGGCGAGUACAACGGAUUCAGUCAUCAACAGCAGCAAGCGGACUACGGAUACCAGCAGGCGCACUAUGGAUACGCACAUCAUCAUCAUUAUGAAGAACCCAAAGUAUCGGUGAUCGAGAAAAAAGUGCCAGUGCCAGUACACGUCGAAGUGGAGAAACCGGUGCACUACAUAGUCCAGGUCCCGGUGGACAAACCGCGUGCCGUCCACAUACCCAAGCCCUAUCCGGUCAAAGUGGAGAAGCAGGUACCGUAUCCAGUCAAAGUGUACGAACCCCAACCGUAUCCGGUAGAGAAGAAGGUGCCGGUUGCUGUCAAGGUGCCGUACGACAGACCGAUACCAUACCACGUGGACAAACCAUACCCCGUAUACAAGGAGAAAAUUGUCAGGUACCCCGUGUACAAGCACGUACCGUACCCAGUGAAGGUGCCGUACGACCGUCCGUACCCGGUACACGUGCACGUCGAGAAAAAGGUCCCGUACCCGGUAGAGAAACCCGUGCCGGUACCUGUCAAGGUGCCGUACGAUAGGCCAGUACCGUACAACGUAUAUAAAAACGUGCCGGUACCCUACGAAAAAAUCGUGCCCUACCCGGUUGAAAAACACGUACCCUAUCCCGUCAAAGUGCCCGUCCACGUACCAGUUCACGUGCCGGUUAAGAUCGAGCACCACCACGAACAUCAAUCGGUGGAACAUUUCACUCCACACGACGCCGUGCACACCAGCUACGCACAAAGCUACGACCACGGCCACGGUUUCUCGUCAUGAUCCCUUCGUCCGCCGGUAAACCGGCAAUUUGUUACACAACCAAACAUUUUUUUUUUUAUGUAUAAAAUGUUUUUAAUAUUUAGAAUAAAAAUAAUCGUAUGAAUAAUAAUAUUAUAUAUAUAUUAUUGUGAACGAAAAAUAAAAUCUGCUCGUUUCGAACUGAAUUGCUCAAACACGGGAGUCAUGUAUUUUUUAUACAGGUCAUAAUUUUAUUGCAUUAAAUAAAAAAAAAACAAUAGUUUUUGAGGAAAAUGUUACAUUAUAUAAUUAAAACAUAUUAAUAUUAAUAAAAUGUGAUUAUCACGAUAUGACGGCGAUA